GGAAUUCCCAGCAGAUUGUUUCAGCAUGAGAUAUCAAUAGAUUUGACAGAUGUUAUGUGUAUAUUUUUGAAAAUAUUAAGAAAUACUGAAAGUUUUAAUUAUAUUCUUAACUUUUGAGCUUAUUUAGUGUUGUGGCAGUAUUGUUUGAAAUACCAUUAUAGUAAAUCAGCGAAUAAAAUCCAUAAAUUGACAAUAGAUUCGUUAAUAAAAAAUGGGUGUGGAAGUUACCAAUUGCUGCGGUUUUAGCCUGAAGCAUGGAACCAUCAUCAUCGGAGUAAUCCAAAGCAUUUUCGCUUUUAUGGUUAUGAUUUUGUGUUCAGCUUAUGCAGAACAUCCCCAUGAACUAGUUCAAAUGUCUGAUCCUUCCGUUAUACCCGAGUUAACAACUUUAAGAGCAAUCCUUAUCACAUGUGCUGUCGUAAGCGCCCUGCAGUGUGUUUUUUCGAUUUUACUCAUAUUUGCAGCUGAAACAAAUCAUCCAACUUUGCUGAUGCCAUGGCUGAUUUUAAAUCCCGUUGCCCUUUUUGUAUACAUCGUGGGAACAUUGGUUACAAUUAUUCAUCAUACAGGAGUUAACAACGCAUCUUAUAUCAUGGCACAUAUAGCUUUUAGCACCUUAAUAUCUCUGAUUGUGAUCUACCAGAUUCUCACAGUCUACAGUUUGAAGCAACAUCUGAAGCGACUCAACUUUUAAGCCAGCUUGAAUUUAGCCAAAAUAAUUAAUAUUUCUAGUACCUUUGUCAAUGGACAGUAACUUAUUGUAUUAUUGUAUAAGCACUAUUAGAUAGUGUACACAAUACCACUAUUUGUUUAGAAUAGUUU